AUGGUGGACAAAACUCUCCCACCAUCAACCAACCCGAAUCUUCAGCUCAACAUCCAUCCUCCACCACCACCCCACUCAACUGCAGGCUCCAAUUCAAAUAUCCCUUUCACACCUCGCUCCUCGACAUUCCCAGAUGAUCUCUCUUCCGAAGACCCCGAUAUCGAUGUCUUCGAGCCCACUCCUAUCAGCAGCCCCGGAGGUCCACAUUAUGAUGACCUCCCUCCUUCCUACGACGAAGCGCAACAGCAGGCGCUCGAGGAUGCGAGAGCUGGCAGGACUCCACCAAAUCCCAACGAUAUAGAAAUUCAUAGGCUGGUUUUGAACGACACCCAGUAUCCUUACAUGGCACCCCCGGGUCCAGAGACACAACGGACAAGGGUAAGUGGGAAUCUACUGGACAACCCACAUGCGUAUGAAUUCGAGCCCGAGAAUCGGCGGAAUUCUAGGGGCUUGGGGACCAGUAUUCCUGUGCAGCAGGUUGAAGGUGUGGAGCACAUUCCUGUAGCAAAUAUGCCUUUAAAUACCUUACCGACGAACAACAUCCCUGUUGGGCACAUAUCAUCCAGUGCGGGAGCUACGAGGGUUGUUCCUAAUCCGACAGCCGUACUACUGAGUAGAGCCCUCGAGUUCACAAAACACGAGCCCGAUGCCGACGCUCGCUUUGCGCCUCGAUUGACUCGCGUCGUUGCCGUUCCACAGCAAAGACUACCAUCCUUGCGUCCCGUCGAGGUCCAAUUUCUACGAGCAUAUGCGAAAGCCCUACACGCACACUCCAUCAGACCAGCCGAGUUCACAGAAUUCCUGGACGGACUUAAUGCGCUUUGUCUAGCCACUGGCACAACUGCCCAGCAGCUCACACGCCCUGAUGCGGAACUUGAUGAGGGGUCAUCCCUGAUCCAGAAUUACGUCGCCUCCACAAAUGAGUCUUUCUUCGCUCCUCGCGGUCUCAAAGUCUCUCUCCGGUCUCUCUCUUCCCUGACCACCGCACUCCAGAUCCCCGAAGAUCGCGGACAAAGAGCAGGUGCAGUGGCAAGUGUGCUUGAUGAAACAAGUACUGCUGAGCAAAGAGCCGGGUCGCUGUUUCCUUGGAUCGAGAGACUUGAAAACAACGUUCCAGAACCGACUUCACAGAUGCUAGUCUUGCGGGAAAUGAGCGAGCGCAUCCAUUGCCAGGCUUAUCCACAAUCUCAAUCCCAAUUCCAACCCGAACCCCAUCCAAUCUCUCAGAAUCAAGAUACUGGGGUUAUUAGAGACAACGCUCCACCCAGCGGUCCCGAGAAGCCUCGAGAAGAAGACCAAACUGUAGAGGACCCUCCUCAUUCCAUCCCCACGCCUCCUCCCGGCCCUAUUCCAGGCUCAUUCCCAAGCUUUGGUCCCCAAUUCCCCUUCGGCCCCGGCCACGGCAGCCGCCGAGGCGGCCCGCCAUUCGGACCCGGAAACUGGGGCCACUGGACACAAAAUCAAGCCAACUGGGCCGGACCCUGGGGCAACCACCGCGAGCGUGGCCGCGGCUGGGGCAUGGGGCGUGUACCCGGUGCAUGGCCUCCACCACACCGGGGCCGUAGAGGCUGCGGAGCCCCGAACCCUCGUGCAGCCGCGCCUCCCUUUCCUCGUCCUGGAGAAACAAAUAGCUGGGCAGCCUGGGGUGAGAGUAUUGGGAAGUGGGGUGAAGAAUUUGGGAAGCAUAUGGCAGAAUGGGGA